AUGUCAGCAUGGCUUACCCAGAACCAUGGUGCAGUAAAUGGAGAAGACUUUGAUUUGUUCUCAUCUCUGCCUUGGCUUUUCACUGCUGGUAUUGCUGCUUUCUAUGAGGGUUACUAUGCAAACAAGGGAACAAAAAUUAUAAAGGGAACUGUAGCUGUCGGGUUUGAAACUAAUGCAAAGGGAGAAGAUGGUGGGGUGUUUGAAGCUGACAUUGUUGUUGUUGGGGCCCGACCUCUUACAGCACUAUUUAAGGGGCAGGUUGAAGAGGAGAAGGAUGGAAUCAAGACAGAUGGGUUCUUGAAAACUAGCAUUCCUGAUGUAUAUGCUGUAGGUGAUGGUGCUACUUUCCCCUUGAAGUUGUACAAUGAUAUGAGAAGAGUUGAACAUGUGGAUCAUGCCCGCAAAUCGGCUGAACAGGCUGUGAAGGCUACAUUCGCAGGCGAACAAGGGAAGUCCAUUGAUGAGUAUGACUACCUGCCAUUCUUCUAUUCCCGCGCUUUCGAUCUGUCUUGGCAGUUCUAUGGCGACAACGUGGGAGACUCUGUACUUUUUGGAGACAACAAUCCAACAUUACCAAAACCCAAGUUUGGAUCUUAUUGGGUCAAAGAUGGAAAGGGAGUGGGUGUAUUUCUGGAAAGUGGGACUCCUGAAGAAAAUAAAGCCAUUGCUAGAGUUGCAAGGCUCCAGCCCCGUGAAGCGAGUUUGGACCAACUAUCAAAGGAGGGUCUCGCCUUCGCCUUUAAAAUCUUAAAAUUCGGAAUGCAAUAGUUGGGGCAUAGUCACUUGCUGUUUUACCAGGUACAAUAGUUGUUUUUAUAGUUUUCCUUAGUCUGGUUGGCUGCUUACAAUACUAA